AUGUCCACAACAUUAUAUCCAAUCGUGUCUUCAACUCCACAAGCACCCUCUACCAUGUUGGCACCAACAUCCUCAUCCAUCGAACGAAAUCCUUCUUCUUCUGUCUCGGCAUCAGCAACUCCGCAAGCAGUGACUCUGAUUAAAACAGAACAACAUGCAAAAUCGACCAUUCGAGACAAAUCAUCUGAAGACAUUCAAGAUGCCAAUGCCAUGGAAGAGGAAGUGAUUUGGAUUCUUCCUCAGACGUUUCUGAGUGUAUUUUCAACACCACAUCAACCGGUAUCGAGUUCGAAAUGUCAAAUGCCAUCCGAUGAAUUUGCUUACUAUGAUACCACAAAGCAAGAAGAAGGUGCUCAAAUCGAACAAGAAGAUCUCCUUGAAAUGAAUCCAACACAAUAUCUGUUAGAAAAGUUUCCAUCUGAAAAACAAGUCGAACAACUCAUUACUCAAAAAGCAUGUCGCUCUCGUAAGAAUUUAGAACAAGUUCAAAACAAUGAAGGUCGUUACUGUGAAGUCUCCUAUCCAGAUGUCCAUUUGAAAUUAUGUUUGUACUACUUUUUGCAUCAACAAUGUUGGUAUGUGGUUGGAUUAAAAUUCCUCAAUACCAAUCCAGAGUUGACAAAAAUAGAAGCAGUGGAUUUGGUGGAAUGCAGAGCAGUCAUUCCAACAUUCAAUUAUGGUGAAUGCACAGGAGGAGGAACCUCUCCCACAGUUGGAUUGUGGCGUCAAUUUGAAACUGAAUAUGAAUAUACAUUCCAGUUGGUAUUGAAUUCGGGAGCUGUCUAUGAAUUGAUUGUGAGUGGAUUGGGAAUGAUACAUUUCCAAAUGAUGAGCACGAGGCCUCAACAACCUGAGCAGGAGGUCUAUGUUGCUGGGGAGAAUGAAAAUGAUGAUUAUAGAGGAGAAGUGGAAAUUUAA